AUGAUCUCUUCCACUUUCACGCCGCGUCGUAUCAAGAGCACCCUCUUCCAUCCCGAUGGCAUCGACGUUCUCGUCUCAACUCCCCAUCUUCUCGCCUCCAUCGCCAGGACCAACCCCUAUAUCCUCAGUCGCGUGAGCCAUCUCGUUCUGGACGAGGCUGAUUCCCUCAUGGACCGAUCCUUCAUCCCAACCACCACCGAAGUCAUCGACAAGGUCGCCCCGUCGCUAAAGAAACUCAUCUUCUGCUCCGCCACCAUCCCCCGCAGCCUAGACAACCAACUUCGCAAACGCUACCCCGACGUCAAGAGACUGACAACCCCGAAUCUGCACGCCAUCCCCCGUCGCGUGCAGCUCGGCGUGGUAGACAUCGAGAAGGAACCCUACCGUGGAAACCGUCAACUCGCCUGCGCCGACGUGAUCUGGUCGAUCGGCAAGGCCGGCGAAAGUGCCGAUGGUGAGGACCACGGUCCUCUGGCCCAAUUCAUGGGCCCCCACAUCAAGAAGAUCCUCGUCUUCGUCAACGAAAGAGAAGAAGCCGACGAAGUGGCCGAGUUCCUCGCAUCCAAGGGCAUCGACGCCGUCUCCUUAUCCCGAGAUUCCAGUUCCCGCAAACAAGCCGAGAUCCUCGCCGAAUUCACCGAAGUCGAACAACCCCCAACCGCCGACGAGGUCUCGCUGGCGAAGAAACAAGCCCAUGCCGAGGCAGCUAUCCCCUUCGCGGCCCCCGAGAAGAAGACCGAGAUUGAGCGCCGUCUUCCCAACACCAAGGUUCUGGUCACUACUGAUAUUGCCUCCCGCGGUAUCGAUACUCUGGCCGUGAAGACUGUGAUUCUUUUCCAUGUGCCCCACACGACGGUGGACUUUAUUCAUCGCCUGGGUCGUCUUGGUCGUAUGGGUAAGCGUGGUCGCGGUGUGGUUCUGGUUGGCAAGAAGGAUCGCAAGGAUGUUGUUCGCGAGGUUCGCGAGGGCAUGUUCCGUGGACAGGCCUUGAUUUGA